AUUGAUUAUCUCCCCUUCCCUGCGAAUAAAGAGGUUUUAACUAUAAAACCCGGAGCGUAGAUAUAACAUUUGGUAUCAGAGCUUUGUGUUGAACAUCCCUAAGGGAUAAUCUUCACACGCCUCCCUCCUCUCUUCUAUUACUGUCAACCACACACUCUUCAAGCCAUAUAUCCACCAUGCCAAGCUCUCCUCAAAACUUGUUUCAAGGAGAAUUAGCUGCUGCUCAGGAGAAACUAAAGAAGGAAGUUGAGCUUAUGAUGAAACAAAUCAAGGAGCUCACUAAUUCAGUAGAGAUUCCCACGUUUGAGGGAAGGAACGACCCGGAGAAGUUCUCAAAGUGGUUAGCAAAAGUUGAAGACGUCUUUACACUCAAAGACGUACCCGAAGACAAGAAGGUCAAACUAGUGGUGGCAAAGUUUCAAAGACAUGCCUCUACUUGGUGGGCUAGCGUUGCUUCAAAACGAAAGCUCCAAGGAAAAGCGAAGGCCCCCAAGAGUGCCCUUGAAGAGUCAUCUUUCUUCAUGGUUCAAACCCCCACUUUUGCUCCCCAAUUUUCUAAGCCCGAACAGCCCUCCUCUCAAACUACCGAAACAAUGCAGCCCACUUCCCCAAAGAAUGUUUGGGACAAAUAUGAUGACGAGGACUAUGAUCCCAUUUGGGAUGAAGAACGUGUCAAAGAGGAUGAAGAAAUGUUUCAGGACGCAGAGGAUAACCCGUUUUGGGUUACAGAGAUAAAAGAAGAAGAGCAAGAAGAGAAGACCCACGAAGAAGUCGUUACUCCUGACGCGAAAACCUCCGCUCGAGACCUAUCUUCGUUAACGGUACUUCGUACCAAACGUGUUGAGUUUUUGCAGGCCCCGUAUGAAAAGAAGGUUGAGAAGGGUCAUGACUUGAAAUGGUCCAUUCAGCCCGGCGACCUAGUAUGGGUUCACAUUCAUAAGGCGCGUUUAUUCAAUAAGCGCAAGUCAAAGCUACAACCCCAAGACGAUGGUCCGUUUGAAGUGUUGGCAAAGGCCGAGUUGGUGAGGGAUGAAAAGGGGAGGUAUGGGGGUUCUCUUGGCUUGAGAAUGCAAAGGAAAAUGCAGGGGAUAUGUUCGAAGAGGCCUGGGUGAAAUGGUGAUAUAUGCAGGAGGAGUUCUUUUUGGUAUUUUUGGAUGAAAGAAAAGAAUUAAGUUUAAGAAGAAGAAAUGGAGAGAUAUGAAAUGGGAAGAGGUAAAAUGAAGGGAUAAACCAAGUUGGUGUUUAAGAGAUAUUACACACUCUUAUCUUAACUUGGGGUUAAGUCUAGAACUUAAUUAAGAUAUAACACACUUAAUUAAAUAUCUAGAACCUA